AUAAAUUUAAAACUCCGAAGCGCCCGUUUGCAUUUUUGAAUUUGAUAUCGAAUCUCCUCCCCCAAUGUCAGACGAGAAGGUAAUCAUCGAUCUCUGUAGCUCCGAAGAGGAAGAAGACAAUUUCGCUGAUGAGAAUUGUUUUCCGGAAGAGCUUGACCAAACGGAAGAAGAAGAAGAAGAAGAAGAUACGACGAGUUUACGUGCUUGUUUUCUGGUCAGUGAGGAUGAUAGCGAUUGGGGCCACGAUGAUGCUACCGACUCAGAUGUGGACUUCGACAUAGAUAACGAGACCGGCAAAAAAGGCCAUGCAGCAGCUGCUGCUGCUGAUGAUGAUGAUGAUGACAAAGUCACCCGCCUGCUCACAGCCGGGAGCGAUUUGAUGAAAUCUCUAAAUGUAAAAGAAUGCAAAGCGUACCUGAGAAAGCAUGGUCUCAGAUUAUCUGGUACAAAACCUGUUUUUAUUGAGAGGAUUCUUGAGCAUUGGAGGAUUAAAGAUGGGAGUGGAGAAUCACUUUAUCCCAUUUCAUCUUUUCCUAUCAACUGUAAAGGUGAUGUGUGCAAAGGAGACACUGUUUUGUUUACACAGAAGGUGAAAGGGAGUGGGAAGAUUUUGGGGAGGAGAACUGUCGCUGGCCAGGUUGUUAAAGAAAGCUACGGUACUGCUAAACAGCAACACACUUUCACUAUUGAAGUGCUUUGGUGCGAAGGGAUGCAGAAAUUGCCUCCCUUGUACCCUUUACUAGUGAAAGGACGUAAUCUUUAUAGGUUGAUGACCAUGAGGCAGCGAUGGGCUAAUGAAGACGACAGAGUCAAAGUUCUUUCUGAAAAGCAUAGCCGUGGUGCUGCAGCAAGAAAGGUUAUGAGAGAGAGGAAAAUUAAGUUAGGCUAUGUAAUGAUAGAUGGAAGACUUCAAAAGCCUGGUCAUGUGAAGAAGGCUUGUCAAGUAAAGACGAGGAAAAAUGAGAAUCAAACUCAGAGGUCUAGACAAGACAUCCCGGCUAAUCAUUCACUUGUUGCUUCACAGGGUGAACAUAAGAAUCCACCCCAGUUGAGAAAUAUGAAUCCCCCUUUCCACUCCCACAAUUCCCAUACAUAUGCUCCUCCACCACACGGUCCUCCAUCACGUGCUCCUCGUCCAUACGCUCCUUUUAAUGUCCCCCAUUCACAUCUUCCUCGUCCAUACGCUCCAUUCAAUGUCCCCCAUUCACAUCUUCCUCGUCCACAACAAAACCAAUCAAUCCAAAGACCACCACCAGCUUUCUUCAACGGAAGACCUACUUCUAAUGCUUUGCAGGGACAAGCUUCUUUCAACUCACACGCUAUGCACCAGAGGAGGCCAUACCAGAACCAUCAUACCAACCAUGCAAGCUCGAACAGUGGCUACAACUACGGGGUGAGGGACUUGGAUCACUUCUCGGAUAUGACGAUAAGCCAAAGAGGAGAAGGAAACGUAUAUCGGCAGAGUGAGGAGACUCGCAGACCAUACAAGAACCAUCAUACCUACCAUUCAAGCUUUAACAACCAUGGAGAAAGACACAUGAUAAGAGAAGGAGACACACACAAGCAGAGUAGGGACACUUACAGACCAAAUCAUCGGUGGUAACUAACACUCAUUGGUACUGGUCUCGUUUGCAAGUAAACUUGAAUUGAGUUUGCACUUUUUUUUUUUUUAAUCUGGUUUCAAGGCCAUAGGAAACAGUCACUUCUUGGGUCUUCUCUGUCAUCCUGAAAGUUUUAUCGGAUCAUAAUUCUCUUGAUUGAUCAUCCCUUUCUCAAGCU